UUUCAUCACAUUUCAAUUUUUACAACAUAUUCACAUUGACAUUCACAACAUGCUUCCCGAAAACGCCAUCGGGUUUAUCCUUGUGGCACUCUGCUGGGGGUUCACCAACCCAUUCAUCAAGAACGGCUCAAAGGGUCUAGAGACUAUUAAGCGAAAUUCAUGGAUAUCUCAGGCUGCAGCGGAGUAUUGGUACCUCUUUACCCGCUGGCAGUAUGUAGUCCCGUUGGUGCUAAACCUUUGCGGUUCAGUUGUCUACUACCACACACUGGGUAAAGCUGAUUUGUCCUUGGCCGUACCCAUUACUAACUCGCUUACAUUCAUCUUUACAACUCUGGCUGGCAUCCUCUUGGGAGAGAGCAUAGGAUCGCCUCGUUCGUGGCUGGGGAUGGCGAUGGUAGUCCUUGGUGUAGGUCUCUGCGUUCAGAGUAAGGCAUGAAUCCAUAGAAAUAUCAAAUAGACAUGAAAUAGUGCCAGAUUGUUCGAAGUGUGCCCAAGUUACCAAGUAUACAUUUCAUCUGUGGCUUUGGUCUCA